AUGCCUGCUGCAGCCAAAGUCUCGCAGUCCAAGAAAGCCGGAACAUCCAAGACCAAAGGCGCGGUGCGCGCUAAGUCGGGAUGUUACACGUGCAGGAUCCGUCGCAAGAAGUGUGAUGAGAACCCCAAUGAACAAGGUCAUUGUCGAACAUGCGAACGCCUGAGGCUUCAAUGCCUUGGCUUUGGUGCAAAACGCCCCGAUUGGCUCAGGGAGAGCCGCAAUGUUGUCGACCUACGAGAAAAGAUCAAGUCUUUCCUCGCCUCUCAAGGGAUGAUCAAGGGGCACUCUGGAUCUGGGCCCCGCAAUGCUGAUCAGGACCAGCCAUUCUUGAGACUCACAGAAGAUUCCUACCACAGUUCGUCGUCUGAGAGCCCUCAGUCUCAGACUCUUUCUUUGUCUCCUGAUCAUGAUGAUCUCCAUCGUCGACACCAUCACACCUCCGCCAUGCGUGAGCAGCGCGAGCCCGCUUUCUAUGCUCCUGCCAUGGAGCCAUACCCACAUUCUGGCUUGCACUCGACUAUGAAUCACGCAAGAUCUUCCUCGCCCUACUCGAGCUCCUCUCUCGACGACUACCCUGCCACAUACCACGGAAUGCCUAAUCAGUCCCAUAGCUUAGUUGAAUCGUCAGCUCUCAUUCCGUGCCGCAAAAGCUCAUACUCACCCCUCUAUCAUGACCGUAUUCUUUUUGCCGAGGACGAACCGCUGAAUGGCCUGUUCGACGCUUUGAACGACACUGAUUGGGUGCCACAAUUUGCCUACCAACCCACUGGGACAUAUCUCCUUCCCAACCAGCUUGUCGAUGACUUAGUGCAGUCAUAUGUCCACAACGUUAUCAAUAUUCAAUACCUACUCGGCGACCAAAACGUCCUGCCCAAUAUGAUUUGGGAGGCCGUGAAUCAGCAUGAUGUUGCACGACAAGCAGUAACGUUGCUGGCCAGAGUGUAUUAUGGACGCCAGCAACAGCCACAACAGAUUGCUCUGACGGACCACAUGAAUAAAACGCUCCUUGCACAACUGCAAGGGGAGCUGCGCAAGGAAAAUUUCGAUGCUGACGACGCCAUGGCCGCUCUCCAUGUUGUGUCGAUAUUCCUAUUCGAUGGCGGCAAAGGGGCGUGGAACGAGUUUCUCGCCCUCGCUUCACGAUAUGUUGGCAAUAUUCUACGCCUUUCCCAUUACAGAGGGUCUCGGGACGCGCUGCUCAACUGUAACGCCAAAGACGCUUUUAUAAUCAAGACCGUCUUGUGGUUCGACGUCCUUGCGUCUGUAACACUGCAGCGACCCCCCACAACUCUCACAGUCAUUGACGAGAUGUUUAACCCAAUGCGAUCCAGCAUAGAAGAGACCUUUAACCCACAAUAUUCCAUGAUCUCGCCCAUGGGCUGUGAGAACAAAGUUGUCUGGGCGCUCGCGAAAACCUCCGCCCUUUCCUGCUGGAAGAGGGACCAGAUAAGAAGGGGCACUCUCAGCGUCCCCGAGCUCUACAAAAAAGCGAUGGAAAUUGAUUCUCAUCUCGAGAGAGAUCCUAACCAGCCGUAUCCCCCUCCCCUCAACCCUUUGGAUGCCCGCGAAAUCUCUCGUACGUUCGCCGCAGAAAUUUUCCGCACCUCAACGCGACUUUUCCUCCGGACCAUCGUCAAUGGCGACUAUCCCCAUGUCAAAGAUGUUCGACAGGGUGUCGAAGAUACAUUUAACAGCAUCAAAGCACUUGGCCUUGAUUACACCGUUUAUCCUUCGGUAGUACGGAGCACAGUCUUCGGGUUAUACAUUUGUGGUGCCCUCACAGAAAGGCCUGAGCACCGUGCGACUCUUCGCACUUACCUCAGUACCGGAUCGAUGAGCAAGGGUGUUGGCAAUUGUAUCACCAUCCUCCAGCUUCUCGAGGAAAUCUGGAGCUCACGAAAUCCCAAAAGCACAAGUCCUGUGGAUUGGCUUGGUCCAUUAGCGAAAGCGGACAUUCUUCUUGUUUGA